AUCCCAAAUAAUAUCUCGCUUAGUAGCAAACAUCGAUAGUUUACUGAUGAAUGUUGACAAUAACGUGUGUGAACAAUUCAAUAGUGUAAUUAAUAAAUAUUUAGCUGGUAAAAGAAUAAAUUAUUCACAAAGAAAUUCAUAUAAUGCUCGAGUAGAAGCUGCGGUUAUAUCCUGUAACUCAGGUGGACAAUUUCUUCGGUUGAUGCAUAAAAAUAUAAUCAAUGAAAUAAGUCCAGGUGAAUACUAUACAACAUUUAUUAUUAUUUUAAACAAUUUGUUGUAUCUACCUAACAUAAUAAUAAUGGUAUUAUUAAUUACAUUUAUUAUACGUAUUGGGUAGGUAUAAGAUAUUGUUAUAUUGUUAUAAUGUUAUUUAUACGAAAUAUUUACACAAAAUGCAUAUUUUUUCUAUAGGAGAAAUAGGAAAAAAAUUCCUUAAAACUAGUGAAAAGAAAAGAUGCCAACCAAAAUCUAAAAAACUUCUUUUCUCCGGAAAUCUAGAAAAAAGGUGUAAUAAAGGCCCGGAUCAACAUUAUGGUUUAGCUGAACCAUUACCGGACGAUAAUAUUUCAAAGGAAGUAUUAGAAAAAACAAAAGAAAAUUUUAUAAAUGCAUUGAAGUUGGACAGACGUGAACGGUUAGCCAUUGAAGAACAAACAAGGGAACAAGCAAACUCUCAAAUUUGGCACAUUGAACGCAGAAAUCGGCUCACGCCGUCAAAUUUUGGCUGCGUUUGUAAACUUCGGCCAACUACGUCAUGCAAAAAUACUGUUUAUAGUAUAAUAUAUAGAACAUUUUCUUCGAAAGCAACAGAUUAUGGUAAAGCCACCGAACAACAAGCUAUCGUCGCUUUGGAAAAAAAAUUAAAUUGUAAAGUGAAUCAAUGUGGACUUAUUAUUGAUGAAGAUUUUCCUUAUUUAGCAGCUUCUCCUGACGGUCUUGUCAAUGAUGAUUUUAUAGUUGAAAUUAAAUGUCCAUUUGGAGUAAAAGACACUAAAACAUUUUUAGAAGCUAUAGACAGUAAAAAAUUAUCAUUCUGUCGUCUCAGUGAAAACGGUAAAAUGGAAUUAAAAGUGGAUCAUAGUUACUAUUAUCAAGUUCAGGGACAAAUGCGAAUUUCAAAACGAAAUUUUUGUUAUUUCGUCGUUUAUUCGGCAAGUUGGAUAGAAAUACAAAUAAUUACUUUCGAUGAUGCUUUCUGGCAAGACAAAAUGAUUGAAAAGUUAAAAAUAUUUUAUACAGAAUGCUUACUUCCAGAAAUAGUCAAUCCCCAGUACGGAAAGAGGCUGUUGAUAGACGACAUUUUAGAUCCUCAGCAUAUUUUGGAAAAUAUACAAGCAAAACGGCAAAAACAGCAUAAGCAAAAUUACAUCAAUGAAAAAAAAAAUUGA